AUGGCUCGUACCAAGCAGACCGCCCGCAAGUCCGCCACCGGUGCCAAGGCACCGCGCAAGUCGCUCGCCACGAAGGCCGCGCGCAAGUCGGCGCCGGCCACCGGCGGCGUCAAGAAGGCCCACCGCUACCGCCCGGGUACCGUCGCUCUCCGUGAGAUCCGCAAGUACCAGAAGUCGACUGAGCUCCUCAUCCGCCGCCUUCCGUUCCAGCGCCUCGUCCGUGAGCUCGCCCAGGAGUUCAAGGCUGACCUCCGCUUCCAGUCGUCGGCUAUCGCCGCCCUCCAGGAGGCCACCGAGGCCUACCUCGUCUCGAUCUUCGAGGACACCAACCUGUGCGCCAUCCACGCCAAGCGUGUGACCAUCAUGGUCAAGGACCUCUCGCUCUCGCGCCGCAUCCGUGGCGAGCGCGCCUAA